AUAUCGGGACAGCUUCGUCUAGAUUGAGGUGGAACUACUUUUUGAUUUCCGCGAUAAUACGAACGCAAGUCAAUUUUAAGCUCCUCUGGAAGAGCUGUUGAUUUUUUUGAAGACAUGCUUUCUCUUACCUUGACUGCUGAUCUCUCCGGAGUGACUGAUUUGCGUCCGGAUGAUACUCCAGAGGAUCCCUUCUGGUACACGUUCAAGGUUCAAUGUACAUCUUGCAGGGAAGUUCACCCUAACUGGGUCAACGUGAGCCGAUUUGAAAUGAACGAGAUGAGCGGCAGCAGAGGCGAGGCCAACUUCGUCUGGAAGUGCAAAAUGUGCAAGAGAGAGUCUUCGGCGACAAUCAUGGCACCACCAAUUUCAUAUCAGCAGGAAUCACCUCCAAAGGCCCAGAAGGUCAUUGAUUUUGACUGCAGAGGUCUUGAGUUUAUAGAUUUCAAGCCUGAGGGAGAUUGGCUGGUCACGGGAAUCGACUCGGGAACCAAGUUUGAGGCUAUCAACUUCGAGGAGGGAGAUUGGUACGAGUAUGAUGAGAAGGCAGGAGAUGAGGUUAGCAUUAAGGAUUUGAAGUGGGAGAUCAAGAAGGCGUGAUGGGUGGUAGUAGUAGUAGCAAUUAAACCAAACUUUGCUGUG